AGUUUGAGCCAUUCGUGAUUGCAUUUCUUCUGGGAUUUGUCGUGGCACUUGUCAUGGCACUUCUGCUUACAGCGCUGACAACGAAUAAGCCCAUGGACUUGACUGUGAAUACAAAGGUUGCACAUUUCCAUAUUGGGGGGAAAGGAAUGACCUGGCCUCCGAGCAGCAGCGGAUGCAUUGCUGUCCAGACGAAGGACUCCUGAUUACCAUGGCCAGUGAGAAGCAGCAGAUUCCCUUCCUUCCAAGAAGCCUGACUUCUGUCUUCCGACUGCUGAAACUGAAAAGCCCCCACAGAACCGCAGCUGCCCCUUCAAAUAUUUUGGAUUACCUUCAGGACUAGAUCCUGAGAAAGCUUUAAUAAAAGUGCAUUGCUGCUGUGGGUGUGUGUGGUGGUGCACAGCCUGAGCACCCCCAGCCCGGCGCGCCCUUCCCCCUCAGCCCCCUCAGCUCCCGUCCGAGGCCUUCGGGGCCGAAGGGCUCCCUGAGGGGACACCCCAGGGUGAGGAUGGGACAGCCCCAGUCCCGGUCUAGCAGAGACAGCACCAUCAAGGGUUAACCAGAAAGCGAAACUGAGCGAGCGGCUUCCUUGCUGAUUUCUCGGAAAUCAGCUGAUCAGCCACACCCUUGCUCGUACUUUCCUGCAGCCCUUGGUUCCUCAGAGCACAACAGACGCACGAGAGGUACCGGGAUUAGAGGAGAAUCAUCGCAGAUCUCGCUCCCCCCCAGAAGACCAUGGGGGUAAGUGUCAUUGGAGCUGUCCUUGGAGCCACACUGGGAGCAGGAGUGCUACUGUUUGGCGUCCCGCUGGGCAUUGCUGCGCUGGGUUUCACCGGGGCCGGCAUCGCCGCCGGCUCCAUCGCUGCCAAGAUGAUGUCGGCAGCUGCCAUCGCCAACGGCGGCGGAGUGGCUGCUGGCAGCACCGUGGCUGUGCUGCAGUCCGUCGGAGCUGCAGGUCUCUCUCUUGGUGCCAAAGUUGGGCUGGGCUCAGCUGGUGCAAUAAGUGGUGCCUUGCUGUCCAAGUGAAAGAAACCUCCACGUGAGAAACCCAAGAAAAAGUAACUUGGGGGACAAACCUGUGGAGGAGACAACUGCAGACGAGCAAACCAAGAGAAGCCAAGCAGGUUCGUGAUCCCAAAGCCUUGCCUUGCACAAUGCAGGUGCUGGGAAACCCCCACAAACCCCUCAGGCUCUGCCUCCCCUUUCAAAAGCUUUGGAUUGUCGUGAGCAGCGAUUUCCCUGAAGCCAAUAAAUGUGCUUUGCUUGC